UCAAGUUGAUGGCGAACUAGACUCUCCAUGGAGCUCAUCUGAAGAAUAAUUUAGCCCUAAUAAAACCGAAAUGAAGAAAACUGCUAAAGAGAAAGGAGGAGGAUGUGGAGCAGAGGUAGAUGGCAACAGAAAAUCCGAAAAAGAUCAGAGCUGGAUCCCAAAAAUGAUUAAAAAGAGAAUGUGUACAACCUUUGUGGAGGACUCCUCCAGUAAUGGGGCUUUGUGUCAGUGUGGUGGAGCCAGAGAACUUCACGUCAGCACAGAUGCAUGCGAUGGUGUAGUAGGCCAGUGGGACAGUGCACAACACACCUCUGAAUACCCUACUGAUGCCUUCGGAGAGCUGGAGUUUGCUGGAGCUGGACGAAGACACAGUCCAUUUCUUCGUCUGUCACCUAAUACACCUCUUGACAAAGUGUACUCGCUGAUGACAAAUCAAUGGGGCCUGCCAGUACCCAAUCUGGUGGUGUCAGUGAUUGGAGGAGAGGGAAAGGACAAAGUGAAGACCUGGGUACGAGACGUGAUCAGACAGGGCCUUGUCCGAGCUGCACAGAGCACAGGGGCUUGGAUCAUGACAGCAGGUCUCAGAGAGGGGGUCGGCUGUUGUGUAGGUGAGGCAGUAAGGGACCAUUGUGAAAGUGCAUCUUUUUCUGAGAAAGUUAUAGCGGUGGGUGUUGCGCCCUGGGGCUUGAUUCACCAACAUCAACAACUUGUAAAUCCACAGGGUAGUUUCCCAGCACACUACGAUGUGCAGAACAUGCCCCAUGAUGCUUGUUGCUUGGACAAAAACCACCAGGCCUUCCUUUUAGUGGAUGAUGGAAGUGUAGGCCACAGAGGGUGUGAAACAAUGUUCAGAGCCAACCUGGAGGAAUUCAUAUCCCAUCAGUGCAUUAGCCCUGUUGGGAUGGGAGGAAUUGAUAUUCCUGUUGUGUGCAUGCUGAUUGCAGGAGAUGCUGCCAUGCUAGAGCGAGUGGAUUUAUCUCUACAGAAUUCCACUCCAUUGUUGGUGCUGGCCGGGUCGGGCCCAGCAGCAGACCUGAUAGCAGGAAUCCUGAGGGACCUCAAUACAUUUCUGGCCUCUCCAAUGAUUCCCACUUUUCCAUCUGCCACUGAGGAAGACAGGGAAAGGACCAGUGCUGAGCUUAGAGACCAAGUGAGAGAGAAAAUCAAGAAACAGUUUCCUUGUGAGAUUCAAUUGGAGAAACUUGUGGAUCAGACACUCAGUAUAUAUCAAAACAAAGAAUGGAUCACUGUGUUUCAUGGAGACCAGGACAGUCAAGAUGAUUUUGACACAACCCUUCUUAAAGCUCUUGUAAGAGCUGCUAAGCAAAAUUCGAAUGAUGCUAGUGAGUACAUUGAGAAGCUAAAGUUGGCAGUGGCGUGGAAUAAAGUGGACUUCGCCAAGAGUGAACUCUUCAACGGCAACAUCAACUGGAAGUACAAGGACCUGGAGAUGGCAAUAAGUGAUGCUCUGCUGAAUGACAAACCCCAAUUUGUUCGUCUCUUUGUGGACAAUGGCCUGAAUAUUCUGGACUAUUUGACAUACUGUCAUUUAGAAAGACUGUACAUCUAUCUGUGUGACUGCCGCACAGUCUACUCAGUCCUCGAGAAAAAGCUGCAAGAGCGAGCCAGCUUAGCUGUCUCUCAGACACCCUUCAACUUACAUGCCAAUUUUGAUUUUACACCACAGAUCACCUUAUAUGAGGUGUCACGGAUGUUAUGGGAAUUAAUGGGAGAUGUGUGUCAACCCUUUUACUACAAACUUCUUGAUCUUGAUCAGGGAGUAAACUUAAGGCAAGCAAUGAAGCAUGUGAAUACGUUGCUGCUAGGUAAGAGUCCUUACCAGCAGCAGCAUUGUGCAUCUCCAUGGGUGAAUCUUUUCAUUUGGGCUGUCCUGCAGAAUCGUCGAGAAAUGGCCAUCUACUUCUGGGAAAUGGCGGGGGAGUCAGUGCUAAGUGCUCUUGCAGGGUGUAAGAUAUUAAGAGAGCUCUCCAAGUUGGAGACGGAGACUGAGACCAAACACUCCAUGAAAGAGCUGGCUCAGACCUUUGAGAAUCUGGCACAUGAUGUGUUCAGUGAGUGUUACCAGAGUGAUGAGAGCCGCUCUUACAAGCUUCUCAUCAGACAGUCAUCUGUAUGGGGAGGGGCCACCUGUCUGCAGAUGGCUACAGCAGCGGAUGCCCGCCUCUUUUUCAGCCAUGAUGGAGUGCAGAUGUUACUGACAGAGAUUUGGUGGGGGGACAUGGACAGCAACACAGAGGUGUGGAAAUUGGUUCUCUCGUUUUUCCUGCCUCCCUUCAUCUUUUCCAACCUCAUCAGUUUCAGAGAGCUGGAGGAGAAUGAAAUGCCAGAGGGUAAAGAAUUUGAUGAAGGAGGGUUGGCUGAAUUUAUAAACAAGGAAGAAGACAUGGAGGAAUAUAGUGCUUUAAAGGGAAACCCUGAAGCAGGGCCAAAUGCUGAUACCCAGAAACAACCUUUUAUAUUCCAUCGAUGGCGGCAGUUCUGGUUUGCACCAGUCACUUCAUUUCUAGGCAAUGUGUUGAUGUACUUCCUCUUCCUCUUCCUGUUUGCUUACGUCCUAUUGGUCGAUUUCAAGCCUCCACCUCCAAACGGACCCGCCCCUUCGGAGCUUGUGUUGUAUUUCUGGGUUUUUACUCUGGUCUGUGAAGAGAUUCGACAGACUUUCUACAGAGAAUCUACCACUGUACUUCAGAGAAUGAAGUUGUACAUCCAAGAUAUCUGGAACAAGUUUGACCUUACUGCCAUCCUACUCUUCAUUCUGGGGCUUGUCUUCAGAAUGUUUCCUUGGUCAUAUAAUUUUGGUCGUGCAGUAAUGUGUGUAGACUAUAUGGUCUUCACUCUCAGACUUAUUCACAUAUUUGCUGUUCACAAACAACUCGGUCCCAAAAUCAUCAUGGUUGGCAAAAUGGUGAAAGAUGUGUUUUUCUUUCUGUUCUUCCUGGGGGUGUGGCUAAUGGCAUAUGGAGUGGCAAAUCAGGCACUGAUAUACCACUACGAUUCCCGUCCUGGUUGGAUCAUUCGGCGAGUGUUCUAUGAACCUUACAUGAGCAUAUAUGGGGAGAUGCCACAGGAUGAACUAGAUGCUCUGAAGCGAGAAGAGAAAGACUGUACAGACAACAUCACUCGUAUCAAUGAUGGAGCAGAGCCCUGCCCACAAUCUGAAGCUAAUUGGCUGGUCCUUAUCCUGCUGUCUGUCCACAUGCUGGUCACCAAUAUUCUGUUGGUUAACUUGCUUAUUGCAAUGUUCAGUUACACAUUCAAUAAGGUCCAGGAGCACAGUGAUGUGUACUGGAAGUUCCAGCGUUAUAACCUGAUCGUGGAGUAUCACUCACGGCCCUGCCUUGCCCCACCCUUAAUCAUCAUCUCUCACUUACAUAUUUUCAUCAAGAGGGUCAUCUGGAGAGUUCCUUCUGUUAAGAUCCAACACUUUAUGUUGAACCUGAAAGGCAAAGAGGCCCAUUUGCUGAAUACAUGGGAGUCCAUGCUGAAAGAGAACCUGCUUUCCGCGCAAGCCAAAAAACAAAGAGAGAGUGACACAGAACGACUCAAACAUACCUCCACAAAGAUGGACAAAAUAUUGAAUCAGGUGGCCGAUCAUGAUUGCAGUUUGAGAAAGCUGGAGUCAGAGGUGAAGUACUGCUCUACUGCCCUCUCCUGGAUAGUGCAGAGUGGCCUAAUUAAGGAGACUAGUGCACCUCCUCCUUCCAAAGGUGUAUCCUAUAGAAGAUCCACUAGUCGCAGGAGAAAAUAACACUAAUAACUGAUAAUGUGUAAUAACAUAUCAUUUCACAUCCUUAAAAAUUCUGGCUGAGGGAUAGAAAUGACUUUGCAUUCUUUAUUAUUUCUGUUUUUGUGACCAAGGCCAGGUCAUUCUUUGUAUGCUGUGCCUUUUUGAAAUCUCAGUAAAUCAUUUUUAAACAUUGGAUCAGGAGCAGGAUUUAUCUUUAUUCAGAAAACAACAUUGGUUGAGCUUAAGCAUCUGAGUUCUGCAGCCUUACAAUUAUAACUGAGGCUUUCUUUACUUUUAAAAGGGUUUCUUGCAACUGUGCCGUGGAUUCUAUCAGUGUAAUAUCACUAUUAUGUUUUCCCCAAGGACUCUUAUUUUUUAAAAGACUCUUAGUUUGAAGUCUCCCUGUUCAUUGCCCUAAUUGUAUCCCAGGCAUUCCUCCUCUCCUUGUUAUCCCAUAUGUAUAUAUAUAUAUAUAUAUAUAUACACUCUUUGCUCCCUGAUUGGUUAUUGUUUGUAUGUGGAGUUUGUUUACAUUUGUUGAGCUGUAUCUUUAUCUGUUUUUAUUAAAGUGCUGCAUCUGGAUCCUUUCUCUCUCUCUCUCUCUCUCUCUCUCUCUCUCUCUCUCUCUCUCUCUCUCUCUCUCUC